AUGGGUGCUAAAUUAGGCAAAAGUAAAAGUUUAUUGAUCUCAGAAAAAAUUAAUGAACAAGAUAAAUCAAUGAUCACAAAUUCAAAUAAUCAUACCAAUGGUACAAUAAUAACAUUGGAAAAAAAGUUUAAAAAGAACACGGAAAAAUCUUCAAAUAAAAAAUCAUCAAAUACAAAGGUAGAUAAAUAUACAAGUACAGAUGGUGGUAUAAUAUCACCAUUACCAUCAUCAUCUAUUAAACAACUCGUUGAUGGCUCUAGAUGUAAUAAUCUUUUGUCUGAUGUUCACACUGUCGAAACAAAUUCAAUUUAUCAAUCUGAAACACCAAAAACGAAUAAUUUUAUUUUACUAACAUCAAAGGAACAAAACUAUCAAGUAAAUACUGUCAAUGAAUCGACAAAUGAAACUACAACAAGAGCAGUCGUUGAAUCAGAUUAUGAAAGCAAAUAUUAG